AUGCUCUCUUUCGUGCUGGACUUGCAUCCCUCGUGGGCCGUCUGCUGGGCCGUGAGCGUAGUCAUCUACUACCUGCUCUUUGCGACCUAUGCUUCAAGGACAAAGCCUGGAGCAGAUCUUCACAGUGCAGUAGCAUACGGUGAAGUGGAUGUCCUUCGCAAGUUGCUGCGAAGCUCGGAGCUCGUGCUCGACAUUUCUCGUUUUGGCCCGGAUGGGCGGAAUCCUUUGCACUUGGCAGCGCGAAGGGGUCAGGUGGAAUGCAUGAAGCUGCUAGUGGAGGAAAAAGCAGAUUUGCAGGCUCGGACUGGAAACAAAAAACAACACACGGCGCUGCAUCUUGCCGCAAUGAACAAGGUUCCAGACGCCGUGCGAUUCCUUUGUCAAGUUUGCAGAGGCAAUGCGCAAGUAAUCAACGCUGGAAAUGCUGAUGGAGACACCCCGCUUCACAUCGCAGCCAGAUUUCACAACGUUGAGGUGCUUCGGGAGCUGUUGCGGCAUCCUGGAGUGGACGUCAGGAAGCUGAACAAGCAAGGGCUAGCGGCUGCUGAAUGCACCCCGUCCGACAAGUUUAGCUUCGAUCACGACAGUGCGGAGUGUGCCAUAGCCGACAUGCUGCGAGAUGCAGAGGCCACAAGCAGACAAGCUCCCCGAGGCAGCACUGCCACGUCGGAGACAGCGAGGACGACAUUAGCCCAGGAAGCGCUGGAAUUGUCCAGCUUGGCAGGCAAUAGGCCAUCAAGUGGCGCGGUGCCGGCGAAGGGAGUGGAGCCACUGGAGCAGGUCGUGCCUGACGAAGAGGACCCCAGGCCAGAGAAGUCGCAGAACGUGCCUUUGAUGUCUGUGUCGCGAGAAGCCGAGCAGAACUUCCUCAGGGUCACGCAAGGUUCCGUGCAGCUGUCGGUCGAUGCCCCUAUGGCAGUCACGAACUGUGGCCUCUCCUCGUUCAUGCUAAGUGCUGGUCUCGGCGCUGUCAGCAGAUUCUUCCUGGGGUCGAUCGCAGAAGAUUCAGACAAAGGUUUCAAUGGCUCAGAAUCGCCAUCGGUUAGUAUCGAGGACUUCGCAGAGAUGCGCAUGCUUGGCGAAGGAGCGUUUGGCAAGGUUGUCCUUGUGCGCCACAAGGAGACAGGCGAACUCUACGUGCAGACCCAAGCCUCAGAUCCAUCAUCGGGUGAUGAUGGUGAUGUGGUGAGAAACUGCGACAUCACAGAUCUGUUUGUGGCCACUGUCAAGUACAUACGAGGUUUGAACGAUCUCAGGCACCCCUUCAUAGUGCAGCUGCACUUCGCCUUUCAAUGCUCAUACUUCUGGGCACUUGUCAUGGACUUCUGCCCCAACGGAGAUCUCCAGGGCUGUCUCAUGAAGUACGGCCUGCCUGGACUCCGCCUGGAGGACGCAGCACGGUUUGCUGGAGAGGUGCUUCUUGCGCUGGAGCAUCUUCACGGCAUCCGUGUUAUCUUUCGAGAUCUCAAACUGGAGAACGUCGUCACCGACUACAACUAUCGAGCCAAGGUCACCGACUUUGGCUUGGCCAAGAAGCUGUAUGCUGGAAGUGAUGCUAACACAAUGUGUGGAUCCUAUGGGUAUGCGGCACCGGAGAUCAUGUUGAACACUGGCAGAUACACCUACGCCGUGGAUCUUUAUUCCUAUGGGGUGAUGCUGUACAUGCUAGUGAGCGGCGGUGAGACGUCGCAACGAAGUCCUGCGCCGGGAGCUCGGUAA